AUGGGACGUGGAAAGGUGCUGUCGGCAAUGGAGAUCGGCAAGAUCCAAGCAUACACCGAUGUCGGGUUGUCCGCGCGCAUCAUCGCCAAGAAGAUCGGGCGCAGCCAUAACGUUGUCAACCGUUUCCUGAAGAAUCCGAACGGCUACGCUACAAAGAAGAGCACGGGCAGACCGAAGAGCUUGAACGCCCAGCAAGUCGACACCAUCCGGAAGGCGGCAUCGAACUCAACACAAGGAUCGCGGCAAAUUCAAAAGCAGCUGGCACCCACGACUUCUCGCAGUACCGUGUACCGGGCGAUUUCUUCUGCCCAGAUCUGGAAGUGGACAAAAAUGGCACAAGAACCUGCCCUCAAGCCACAUCACAUCCAGCACCGCGCAAAAUUUGCCGACGAGCACAUGACCUGGAGCGCGGAGUGGAACGACACCAUCUGGACAGACGAAAAGAAGUUCAAUUUGGAUGGUCCAGAUGGAUUGGCGAGGUACUGGCGCGAUGCCCAACAACCGCCACUCGUUCAUCGCACCCGUAAUUUUGGUGGCGGGCGGUUGAUGAUCUGGGCUGGCUUCUCGUCCGAUGGCCCAACUCCUCUGGCCAUAUGUAGCUGCAAAAUGAACGCCGCCGACUACAUCGACAUCCUCGACCGCCAUCUGCUGCCUUACGUCAACUCCAAUCCAAACAAAACAUACAUUCUGAUGCAAGACAAUGCAUCUAUCCAUAAAGCAAAAAAAACUAUGGAGUGGCUGGAUCAACACAACAUCAAGACCCUGGACUGGCCGGCCUGCUCGCCCGACUUGAACCCGAUAGAGAACAUUUGGGGGAUCCUGGUGCGCGACGUCUACAAAAAUGGUCAACAAUACGCAAACGUCGCUGAUUUGGAGACCGCCGUCCGGCGCGCAUGGAGCAACAUCCCAGCCGCUACCUUCAAAAAGCUGGCGUCUACUCUUCCUAAACGCAUCAACCUCUUGAUCAAGAGCGGCGGCGAGGGCAUCGAUUAU